AUGGGAUUUUUAUCUCCUUUUUCUUCUUUAAGUGAAAAUUUUGUCGGUGUAUUUUUGCAAAAGGACAAGCGCUGCCGCUUUAAUUUAACAAAUCGGAGAGGCAAACGCUUUCUUUCUUUCGCGGAGAGGCAACGCCGGCGUCUUUCUUUCGCAAAUCGGAGAGGCAACGCCGGCGUCUUUUCUUCUUUUCGCAAAUCGGAGAGGCAACGCCGGCGUCUUUCUUUCUUUCGCAAAUCGGAGAGGCAACGUCGGCGUCUUUCUUUCUUUCGCAAAUCGGAGAGGCAACGCCGGCGUCUUUCUUUCUUUCGCAAAUCGGAGGCAACGCCGGCGUCUUUCUUUUUUCGCAAAUCGGAGAGGCAACGCCGGCGUCUUUCUUUUCUUUCGCAAAUCGGAGAGGCAACGCCGGCGUCUUUCUUUCUUUCGCAAAUCGGAGAGGCAACGCCGGCGUCUUUCUUUCUUUCUUUUUCUUUCGCAAAUCGGAGAGGCAACGCCGGCGUCUUUUUUCUUUCGCACGCAACGCCGGCGUCUUUCUUUCUUUCGCAAAUCGGAGAGGCAACGCCGGCGUCUUUCUUUCUUUCGCAAAUCGGAGAGGCAACGCCGGCGUCUUUCUUUCUUUCGCAAAUCGGAGAGCAAAUCGGACGCCGGCGUCUUUCUUUCUUUCGCAAAUCGGAGAGGCAACGCCGGCGUCUUUCUUUCUUUCGCAAAUCGGAACGCCGGCGUCUUUUUCUUUCUUUCGCAACGCAACGCGUCUUUCUUUCUUUCGCAAAUCGGAGAGGCAACGCCGGCGCCGGCGUCAAAUCAGAGGCAACGCCGGCGUCUUUCUUUCGCAAAUCGGAGAGGCAACGCCGGCGUCUUUCUUUCUUUCGCAAAUCGGAGAGGCAACGCCGGCGUCUUUCUUUCUUUCGCAAAUCGGAGAGGCAACGCCGGCGUCUUUCUUUCUUUCGCGCAAGAUCAACGCCGGCGUCUUUCUUUCUUUCGCAAAUCGGAGACGCCGGCGUCUUUUCUUUCUUUCGCAAAUCGGAGAGGCAACGCCGGCGUCUUUCUUUCUUUCGCAAAUCGGAGAGGCAACGCCGGCGUCUUUCUUUCUUUCGCAAAUCGGAGAGGCAACGCCGGCGUCUUACAUUGGUUUUAAAAAAUCUUUAA